GAUUAAUCGACACUUCUGAGAAGAAGAAGAAGCAAUAUAUCCACCGCACUUCGCAGUUGGAGAAAAGUUUUGUGUUCUUGAAGAGGAAAAUCUGGGAAAUGGUGUCUAAUUAAAUUAAAUCAAUUGAUAUGAAAGUGAUUAGUGAGUGGUGGCAUACGGAUAUUGAGUCCCAAGUAGUGUUUUAGGCACUCUUGUGUGUUUUGCAAUUUGAAUCUUUCACGGUGCUGUGCCCAGAAAAAUUCCAAUGGUCCGAGAUAUUUUUGCUGGGAAAAUUCUCUGUUAUUGCUAUUAAAUGAAUUCAUCACAAUACUCAUCGGUUUUCUCGGAGAACACACACUGGUCCAGCCUCCAUUGCACCAAGGAUUCCCUUACGGAUGUCUUUGGGUGGUUCCUGCAGGGUUUGUUGGCAGGAAUUGCCUUUCUCUGCCUUAUAGUUAAGCGCUUCUGUGAACCUUCGUAUGUACGGAGAUCGUGGGAAACGUGGUGGUAUGACACAUCGAAGCAGGGAAUAGGAGCUUUGGUCAUCCACAUGACCAAUGUCUACCUAGCACCCCUCUUCCAAGGUGACCCAUGCACUUGGUACAUCAUCAAUUUCCUCCUUGACUCCACCAUUGGGCUAUUUAUCAUCUACGUGGGCAUCAGGGUGUGUCAGUACCUGGCUAGAAGUCGACGCUGGGAUGCCAUUAAUUUUGGCGAGUACGGAGCCCAGAAGUCCUGGAUCUACCAGACAUGGAUCUACAUUGGGUUGAUGGUGAUUGUCAAACUCAUCACAACCAUCUUCAUCCAGAUGGACUUCUGGGACAAUGUGAAGAAUUUUGUUCUCUCUCCAUUCUCUGAUCCAAAGAUCGAACUGGCUGUCGUCAUGCUAAUUAUCCCGUUCUUUGUCAAUAUGCUGAUAUUCUGGGUGACAGACAAUUUUCUCAUGAGACACACCAGGAAGAACAAGAAGCGCCCCCAGGGCGGAAAUUCAAGUGAUCCGAGUAUCCUACAACGUGUCAAGGUAAAGUAUCGUUCAAUACGUAAAGAUAGCCGGGAGAAGGUGAUAGAAUCCGAGUCAGAAGCUCUCAUUUCCGGCGAUGAUGAGCCCCUGGACAGUCCGACAACCACAACGACCAGCAUCGAAGCGGCUGAUCAGAAAGUUUCUCAGCGUCAGAGUGUCAUUGGGAUUGCAUGAGAUAAUGAUAUUAAGAAACAAAUUUUUCGGGGUAACUCUAGGGCACUUCCCUCCAUUUAGCCAUCCAUUUGGGCCUUGAUAUUGUCAAUCCCCACGGAAAAUUCCCGCAAGUGGCAAAGACAGGAAGUCAUCGUAGUCUGUAAGUAUCUUAAAUCUCUAAUAAAAUGAAGAAAAAAAAAAUGAAUAACGGUGUGAUAGCUGAAGGAGAAGAGAAAACUAUCAUUUAGACUGUAAAUAUAGGACGUAUUUCAAAUGAGGGUAAUAAUAAUGAUAAUGGAGAGACCGAGGCCUUAUAAUAACUAAGAAGCUAUAAAAUAGAAUCCCUACAAUGCUAACAAAUUUUUGUAUUAUCCAUUAAAGAGAAAGUAAAAAAAAAAGAAAUAAAAACCCAACCAAAAUGCCAAAAUUUCACGGGACACUUUCCCCCAAAAGGAAGAAAAUAUUAAAAGACUUUGGAAAAUUUUCGAGUCUGUGAAAGGGAGGCUCUUUUUUUGUACUUUAAACAAAAUAAUAACGAAGAAAAAUCGGAUUUAUUGGGACCCCCUUUACCACAAUUUUUUUUGUAGCAAGGAUUUUUUUCCUUUGGAAAAUUUUAGAACAGACAAUAUCCUGAUGCGAUUGCAAAUUUUUCAAUCAACAGAUAUUUUUUGUAUGUUGGAGUAUUUUUGAAAUAAAGAACAAAAUGCUGUAUAAAUACUGAUAA